AUGUCGUCGACACAUGCUAAUGGGAAUAAUGAUCGUAUACCCAAUAGUGCUGGAAAUUCGGUCAUUUUCAAUAAACUUGCUACGGCGACAACGGGUAUUUCUACGUCGGAAGCCCUAAGUCCUACGAUAUCGGCGUCCAGAGAUGGGGAACAUCUAAAUGAUGCAAACGGGUUAGAUGAUAAGGACUUGAGACAUAACUUGUUUGGUAAAGUUACGGGAAUGCUACACCGAUCUUUAAGUGAAUCCAGAAAGAAUUCGAUGACGUCGCUAGGUAAGGAUCCGCUUGAUACUUCAAGUAGAAGUCGAACAGGAAGCCGAACGGGAAGUAGAACAGGAAGCAGGUCAGAAAGUAGGGGUGUCAUAAUGAAAGAAACCUCAACAACACCUCUUCCUGUGGAAACGCCAAUGAAACCAGUGAAGGAGACAAAAAGUGUUUUUCUAGAAUACGAUCCACUAACCAAACGUAAGGUACUCAAUACCUAUGAAAUAUUGCGAGAAAUUGGUAGGGGGGAACAUGGUAAAGUCAAACUAGCUAGAGACUUAGUUCAUAAUGAAUUAGUUGCGAUUAAGAUUGUCAAUAGGAAAUCCAAGAGAGAGAGACCAACUUUAAGAAUGAGACAUGGUUCUAAAGUAAAAAAUGACGGUCCUAGUGAUUAUGACAUCAAAAUAAGACGAGAAAUUGCUAUUAUGAAAAUGUGCAGCCAUAAGCAUAUUGUUAAGUUAAAAGAACUUUUAGAUGAUUUAAAUUCUCAUAAGAUUUAUAUGGUCUUAGAGUAUCUUGAAAAAGGAGAAAUUAAGUGGAAGCGUCAAAAGACAAAUAAUGUAGAUUCAUCUCAGGAUGUUGAUAAUCCCGACGAUAUACCUUGUCGUAGUGGUUUUAGAAAAAAAAGCAUAGCAUAUACGCAAGCAGACGAGGACGAAGACUUAUUAUCAAACGAAUUUUCUCCUUAUUUAACAUUCAAGCAAUCAAGAAAAAUUUUUCGUGAUGUUAUAUUGGGUAUGGAGUACCUACACAUGCAAGGAAUAGUUCAUAGGGAUAUUAAGCCUGCAAAUCUAUUAGUUAGUUCAGAUAACGUGGUUAAAAUUAGUGAUUUCGGUGUUUCAUUCGUGUCAUCAUUGGAUAAGAAUGAGGAUCCUGAUUUAGUUAAUGAAGUUGAAUUAGCAAAGACGGCUGGUACGCCUGCAUUUUUCGCCCCCGAAUUAUGUGAAACUAAUUUUUCAUCUUCUGCAAGUUCUAAAUCGGUGUCAGCAUCAUCCUUAGAAAUUUUGAAAAAUGAUCAUUUAGAAAUUACUAAAUUACUCCCAAAGAUAGACUAUAAAAUUGAUAUUUGGGCCCUAGGUGUUACAUUAUAUUGUUUGUUGUUCGGUAAAGUUCCAUUUAAUGCUGAAUCUGAGUUUGAAUUAUUCCUGGUUAUUGUUAAUCAACAAUUGGAGUUUCCAUCUGAUAGAAAUGCUUUUAAUUCGCCUUCCGAGGUUAAUGAAACUGAGUUUGAUUUGGCAAAGGAUUUAUUAUCAAAGUUAUUGGAUAAGAAUAAAGAAUCACGUAUCGAGAUAAAGGACAUCAAGAAUCACCCGUUUGUACUUUUGGAUUUAGAAGAUGACUUGGAUGCCUUGAAUGAAUUGCUUUAUCUAAAUGACAAAAAUGCAAAUUUUUUUAAGACAUUUGGAAAUGAUGAAGAGGUUCUGAAGGAAGAUAUGGAUAAUGCAAUUGUGGGGGUUGGUAACAAAAUUAGAAGUAGCUUGUUGAAAUCGAUUAAAGCUGGUGGAAAAGAUUUCGAUUCUCGUAGAGGGAUUGCGCACCACUUGGAGCCAAAUGCAAGCGUAUCGUCUUCUGAAGAUUCUUCAUACGGUAACUCUCGUUAUAAUUCGACCUCCGGAUUAAAUGAGAGUCUUGGUAAUUCUGUAAUAUUAUCUGAAGCUUCGCAAUUAACUACACCUCCAAGUUUUCAAAGUUUUUACAAAGUAAGGUCAGGGAGCCAUCAGCCUGAUUCAUCUGUUAAUUUUCAAACGAAUGCUCCUCAUAUACCGUCGAAUUUGUCCACACAACAAAAUGCUAUACCUAAUUUCUCAUCACCUUCUAUUGCAACUACAAGAGAGAGCAGAACACCAAAUAUACUUUUACAGGAUGUGAUUGAUUCACAUUCAAACAGUUCCAGUAGACGUGGUAGUUCAGCAGGAUCGGAAGCUGUUCAAGUUGAAACCAAGCGCAAUGUCGGAGGUGAUUUAUAUUUGAAAAACCAAUCUCUUGUGGAUACCUUUAAGGUAAUUAAGCAACAAGAUGAUAAGAGGCGUAGAUCGAGUGCAAUCUCCUCAUCUGUACAUGCAUCAAAUGCUAAUACUCCAAAGACUUCAAUAUCAUCCCAUUUGGGACCAGAUGAGUCGUCUACAUCAGUAUCGGGAGGCAAUCCAGUACAGGUAGCGCAACAUUCAAAUAACCAAUUAAGAAUCGGUCCAAUAAAUAUUAAUAAUGAAAGAAGACCGUCUUCAGUUAUUUCCUUGCCAUUGAAUGAAAGUUUUGCUUCACUUGAUAGCUUCAGUGACGACUACUUGAAGUACAAGUAUCAAGAAUAUGAUAGUAACAAUCCAAAUAGUAAAUACCUUUCACUAAGACGUGAUAGUGAUGUUACGCAAUCCGAUCCGAAUAUCAACCAUACAGCUGAUUUGACAUCGAAUUUUCAUACAAUCAAUGAGAAAUUUAAAAACUUUAACCUAAAUGCUCAGAUGAGAAAUGAUGGUAUCACAUUUAAUAUGGAUUCAGACAAGUUCCAUGAUCAUGAAGGAAUAGCACCAAAAACUAUAAUACGAGGUCUGAGUGAUUCUUCAUCUUCUCAAUCCUACUCGUCGUCAUCACCAUCAAUUUCGGGCAGUGAAAGUGAAGAAGAAGGGAAUUUAACUUUGGCAUUUUCGUCAAAGCUUUCACCUCCAUCAAAGCCUAAAUUUUUAUCUUUAGGUAACAGAGCUAAAUCUCAUGAUUCUCAUUUACCUGGGAUUGUACCACGUCCUUCUAUACAACGUCACGACACUCCUGUUAUAUUUCAAGACGACAUACCUGAAUUUGAAGAUAUUCCGGAGGGGCUAAUGUCAAGCGUACCACGUCCAAGUGUAUCAGUGGGUGCUAUGAUGAAUCCAACUGUUUCGGUUGUAUCAAGUAAUGGCUCAAGCACUACAUUGACUGCGGAGACAUUAGGUAACCGUUCAAAUACCGAGGUUCCCAACAAGAGACUGAACAUGAAUGAAUCGAAAAAGGAUAAUCCCAUCUUAUCUCCAAAACAAAACGACAUUGAUAGAGUACCGUCACCUUUAAUCAACAAUGCACUAACAUCACCUAAGGCUACGACCAACUCCCAUUUAGUCAAACAAUUAUUUAAGAACCACAAGGAUAACUAUUAUAAUAAUUAUCAUAAUAAUAAUAGUCAAGCGAAUGAUCAGUUUAAUAACCAUUAUAAAAAAGAUCCGAUUUAUUAUCCUUUCCCGAAUGCAUUACAUUAUGAUAACGAUAAGGAGAGUGAAACAAAGUCUACUUCAAACCUAGGUGCUACACGUAGACCAAGUUAUUAUAGAUCCAAUUCUGUUACAGUUGGGUUGUUACAGCAUGACAGAAAAAAGAGUGAAGAUUCUUAA